UUGCUUAAUAUUAGAAACACUUCGUGAGCAUACAUAAAAAACUAACACAACAAGAUUUCUCUUCGUAGACCAAUGAAUCGAAGCCUGAUUCAGGCAGCAUGGAAUGGGGAUGUCGACGAACUGCUUAAAGAAAUCGACAAAAACCCAUCUAUGCUUCAUGUCGUAGCAAUGGAGGGUAGCGAAACUCCAUUACACAUAGCUUGUUUCGCUGGACAUGUCAACUUCGCAUCGACACUCAUCAAACUAAAGCAGGAAUUUUCCAGGGAGCUUAACCAAGAUGGUUUUACACCUUUGCACAUAGCAGCUGCUUGUGGGCAUACCGAAAUUGUUAAGGAGCUUCUCAAAGUUGACAUUGGUUUGUGUUUGAUCAAAGGAAAAGACAGAAAAAUUCCUCUCCAUUUCGCUGUGGUCAAAGGUAAAGUUGAAGUUGUAAAAGAGUUGCUUUUAGCGAGCUCGGAUUCUGUGGACUUCACGACUGCGCGACUUGAGACACCCCUCCAUCUCGCAGUGAAGAACAACAAAUUCGAAGCUUUCAAAGUUUUGAUUCAACAUCUGAAGAAAGUCAACAAGGAAGAUCUUCUGAAUUCUAAGGACAUUCAGGGGAAUACAAUCUUGCACCUUGGCGUUUCAAUGAAGCAAUAUGAAGUGGUUGACUUUCUACUAAACGAACAAGCUACCAUCAAAGGGAAGAUUGAGUUGAAUUCCUUAAACAAAAGAGGUUUAACUCCUCUUGAUAUGCUAUUAAUGUUUCAAAGUGAAGCUGGUGAUCGAGAAAUUGAGGACAUUCUCAUCAAAUCCGGAGGUUUAAAGUCUGAAAACCUGCAGUCUCCAACAUAUACUCAUAUAGAAAGAUCAAAUCAUACUGACACAAGACAUGAAAAUCCUAGAUCGAAUCUUUCGGACUACUUUAAGUACAAUAAUCUAAAAGACUCUCCUAACAUGGUAAGAAAUACGCUUCUCGUGAUUGUUAUACUUAUCACCACUGCAACGUAUCAACCCGCACUUAGUCCUCCUGGAGGUGCUUGGCAAGACGAUUCUAUUCCAUCCACAAAUCAUACGAUUUCGACUAAAUCUCACAUUGCUGGAAAAGCUAUUAUGGGUACUAAAAAUCCGAUAGCAUAUAGUAUAUUUUUGUUUGCGAAUUCAGUGGGGUUCUACACUUCAGUUCACAUGAUUUACGUACUCACUGCAGCUUUCCCUUUGCAGUUGGAAUUGCGGAUUUCGAUGUUUGCAAUUAGUGUAACUUACGCUACUUGUAUGAACGAGAUUGCUCCAACUAAUUACAUAACGUUUGGUUUUAUUGGCAUUUCGAUUGCUCUCCCAUUUGCGAUACCAUGUAUCAUCAUGCUGCUUAGAAAUUAUUUGAAGAAGGGUAGAAAUGUAUUACCUGAGACAAGCCAAGAAAGGGUCUGAAUUGUAAGUGGUUUAUAUAUAGUAUCGAUUCAAUAGUUGAACUUCUCAUGUAUGUAAAAGAUAUUUGGCUCUUUUUGUCUGACUAUGGGUUAUGAACCUUACUAUUUACUUGUAUUAAGUAUAUUGUUUCACUACUACAACGUCUAAAGAAUACACAAACUAUGGGUUAUGAACCUUGGAUUA